AUGCUAGCGCAAAAUAAUGAGGAAGGAAAAGAAGUUGUUCUUUACUAUUUAAGUAGAACUUUAGUAGGGGCAGAACAAAACUACCCUCCAAUCGAGAAAGUGUGUCUGGCUUUAAUUUUUGCCGUCACAAAACUACGACACUAUUUGCUCUCACAUCCUGUGACUUUAGUGUCAAAAGCUGACCCGCUAAGAUAUAUCCUAUCCAAGCCCGUGUUGUCUGGACGACUUGCCAAAUGGUCCAUGAUGUUGUCAGAAUUUGAAAUUAACUUUGUCCCGCAAAAAGCAAUAAAAGGACAAGCUUUGGUUGAUUUUCUGGCAACACACCCAAUUCUAGAUGAUAUGGAGCUGGGAGAAAAUCUCCCGGACGAAAAAGUCUUCACAGUUGAUACUUCAUCGUGGCAAUUAUAUUUUGAUGGGGCAGCAAGAAGUAGUGGGGCAGGUGCGGGAAUUGUCUUUGUGACACCGUCAGGAGGCCUGAUACCUUACUCUUUCUAUAUUCUAGCUAUAUGCACAAAUAAUGUAGCAGAAUAUGAAGCCUUAGUUAUCGGCCUCGAAGUUGCACUCGAAAUGAAAAUACAAUCAUUGGAGGUACUUGGCGAUUCUCUUUUGGUUAUUAAACAAAUGAGUGGUGAAUUUGCGGUCAAGCAUGAGAAUUUAGUCCCUUAUCAUGAAAAGGCUAAAUAUUUGCUUGGCCAAUUUCAUGAUAUAACUCUAAAUCACAUCCCCAGAUCAAAAAAUUGUAAAGCUGAUGCAUUGGCUAAUUUAGCUGCAUCACUAACACUUCCUGAAGAAAAGGAUAUCCAAAUUACCAUAGGGGAAUGCCAUGUAUUAUCCCAAUCUACGGAAAGAGUUGAAGAAGAAAAUACAGUCAACUUGAUAACUUUCCUGGAUAGUGCCAAUGAAAAUGACUGGCAUGAGUCAAUCAAAGACUACAUCCAAAAAGGAGUCUUGCCAGAAGACUUGAAGAAAAGAGUGGAUGUAAGAAGAAGAGCGCCUCGAUUUGUGGUCUUUAAUGACACAUUGUACAAGCGUUCAUUCGAUGGGAUAUUAUUAAGAUGCCUCUCGAUAGAAAAAGCGACACAUGCACUUCAAGAGACUCAUGCCGGUACAUGUGGCGCCCAUCAAGCCGGCCCAAAAUUGUCGGCUCAAUUAAAGCGGUUGGGUUACUAUUGGCCUACUAUGGUUCAAGAUGCAAUUAAAUUUGCUAAAUGUUGUAAGUCAUGCCAAUUACAUGGAGAUUUCAUCCACCAACCCCCUCAACCACUCCAUCCUUCUAUACUGUCAUGGCCUUUCGAAACUUGGGGAAUGGACGUCAUUGGUCCUUUUACGCCACCCUCUUCCAAAGCCCAUUAA